UAAUCCACCAUUUCCUCUUUAUCAUUUCUUUCUUUCCUUCCAUCCUUCACUGCCAUACUAUUUGAAGAUAACACAGGUGCAGGCAUGGCUAGAGAACAGUUAGGAGUGCUGGGCGCACUGGAUGCAGCCAAGACUCAAUGGUAUCAUUUCACCGCCAUAGUUAUCGCAGGGAUGGGAUUUUUCACCGAUGCUUACGAUCUCUUUUGCAUCUCCAUCGUCACCAAGUUACUCGGUCGUAUAUAUUACCAUGUCGAUGGUGCACCCAAGCCCGGAACCCUACCUCCGAAUGUUGCGGCCGCUGUCAAUGGUGUCGCUUUAGUUGGCACGUUAGUAGGACAACUGUUUUUCGGGUGGCUCGGCGACAAAUUGGGCCGGAAAAAGGUCUAUGGUAUCACUUUGCUUCUCAUGGUUGUUUGCUCUAUUGCCUCUGGGUUGUCAUUUGGAAGCAAUGCAAAGGGUGUUAUCUCUACCCUUUGUUUCUUCCGAUUUUGGCUCGGUUUCGGCAUCGGUGGCGACUACCCUCUUUCAGCUACGAUUAUGUCUGAAUACGCCAACAAAAGGACCCGCGGAGCAUUUAUUGCAGCGGUCUUUGCGAUGCAAGGGUUCGGGAUUUUAGGUGGUGGUAUUGUAGGUCUAAUUGUGUCUGCUUCAUUUGAUCAUGCAUUCAAGGCACCUCCCUAUUCUGUGAAUGCGGCAGCCUCCACCGUACCGCAGGCUGACUAUGUCUGGCGCAUAAUUUUGAUGUUUGGAGCACUCCCAGCCGCUCUCACUUAUUAUUGGCGAAUGAAGAUGCCCGAAACGGCUCGGUUUACGGCCCUCGUCGCGAAGAACGCGAAGCAGGCUGCGGCGGACAUGUCGAAAGUGUUGAAUGUAGAUCUUGAAGCAGAGGAAGAUAAAGUUAUAAAGAUGUCGGGAAGUAAAGCGAAUUCCUUUGGCUUGUUCUCCAAGGAAUUUUUGAAACGCCACGGACUUCAUUUGCUCGGAACUACAAGCACUUGGUUCCUAUUAGACAUAGCAUUUUACAGCCAAAACCUAUUCCAAAAGGACAUCUUCAGUGCGAUUGGAUGGAUUCCUUCGGCUGCAAGCAUGAAUGCAAUCCAUGAAGUGUACAAAAUUGCAAGAGCUCAAACGUUGAUCGCCCUAUGCAGUACCGUUCCGGGGUAUUGGUUAACGGUGGGAUUGAUUGAUAUCAUCGGAAGAUUCUCUAUUCAAUUGUUGGGAUUCUUCUUCAUGACAGUGUUCAUGUUUGCUCUUGCAAUCCCAUACCACCAUUGGACAUUGGAACCCAAUAGAAUCGGCUUUGUGAUAAUGUAUGCACUAACCUUCUUUUUUGCCAAUUUUGGACCCAAUACUACAACAUUCGUUGUGCCCGCUGAGAUCUUCCCGGCAAGAUUACGGUCAACCUGCCAUGGAAUAUCAGCUGCAGCAGGGAAAGCCGGUGCCAUCGUCGGUGCAUUUGGGUUCUUAUACGCAGCUCAAAGCACCGAUCCAGCCAAGACCGAUGCGGGCUACCAGACAGGCAUUGGUGUCCGAUAUUCACUUAUCAUGCUCGGGGUCAUCAAUUUCUUUGGAACGUUGUUCACCCUACUGGUGCCUGAACCCAAGGGCAAAUCACUUGAGGAAUUAACCGGUGAAAAUGCAGAUGAAAAUGAGGUUCAAAAUGCUACUUCAAGGAUCUUUUCUAUCUGAUUUUCACUUACAAACUGUAUUUUA